UCAUUGUCUUACUGUUUUUCCCAGUUCCUGUUUCCCCACUUAAUUGCAUUUUUUUUUCUUCCGCUAACCCGUUGAAUCAUGCCACUCAGGUUUUACCUGGCGUGGGUUGGAUUGAAGCAUAUCCUAGUUGAACUCGUUUGUGGAAUUUAAUAUUUAGAGGUAAACUCCAUAUCUUUGCGGCUAUUUGGGGGUUGUUUCCUUGGAGAGUGAGGUCAUCCCUCUCAUAGGUGACAUUCCAAGUUUUCAUUUAAAAAAAAAAAAAUUGAUUAUUUGUAAGAAUAUCUGCUCAAAUCAGGAAGUGGGUCGUUGGAAGAUAUGUAUUUUCCACCUUUCACAUUUGAUCACAUUAUUCAUCCCCUGUAAUUAUAAUAAAAAAGGGAGCUUUAGGUAGGGUUUGUACUGUGGCAUUGUUUGGAGUAUCUUUUCAGGUUUGAGAGUAAAGGAAUUGUUAAUGGAUCAAAACAGAAGUGAAGGAAGAGGUGAGGUGUUGGGUUCGGUUCAUGAAGGGGCAGAUGGGGAUUUGAGUCCUUUGGUUGAAGGGGUUGCAAUUGAUGGUGUCAGAGGUGGUAUGAGUGGUGAAGCUGGAACUUCAGGAGAGGUGGGUAAGAAUUUGGGAUCUGAUAAAGAGCUGAAGGAGGGGCUAGAAGAAAUAAAGGGUCAGGAUAAGCAUGAUCAAGAAAAUAUCAGUGGUAAUAAAUUGCUUGGGGUUGAUCAAGGAACUAGUUAUAAUUCAAACCAUUCGGUUAAUCCGGUAGUGAUUGAAACUGUGGUUGUAAUUGAGUCUGUUCAGACUGAGAGUGUUGAUGAAGAAAAUAGGAAAUUGGAAGCAAAAGUUAAUGAAUCUGAAUUGAGCUUGGAAUCCACGAAAGCACCUGAAGGCGUGUCUGAAACUGAUAAAAGUUCAUGUGUGAUUGAUAUAAAGUGCAGCAGCCGCAAAAAGUCAUACGAGAAUUCUGAAGGUGAAAAGAUUUGUAGGAUUUGCCAUCUAGCUUCUGUGCAACCGUCGGAUGAAACAACUGUUGGCACUACUAGUAGUGCAACGAGUGCAGAUUUGAUUCUGCUUGGUUGCGCAUGUAAAGAUGAGCUAGGCAUUGCACAUGUUCAUUGUGCUGAGGCGUGGUUCAGGCUCAAGGGGAACAGGUUAUGUGAAAUAUGUGGUGAGACUGCAAAAAAUGUUUCGGGUGUUACUGAUUAUGGAUUUAUGGAAAAGUGGAACGAAAGAUUCAUGAACAACGAUGGUAACUCAUCACGUAGAUUUGGUGGAUGCUGGCGAGGACAGCCAUUUUGUAACUUCUUGAUGGCAUGCCUGGUUAUAGCAUUUGUUCUGCCGUGGUUUUUUCGUGUAAAUAUGUUUUAGCUGGUGAAUCAGCUCUAUUACCCUUGCCCUCAAUUCUUCAUACUUGCUAAAUAUAGUGAGUGAUGAUCGAUUUCUGGCAACAUACUAUGACGGAUCAUCACAAUUUAGUUGGAUUUUAAUCUGAAGAUUUGAAUGUGUUGUUCUUAAGUAAAUAUAGAGAGUGAAAGAGAGAGAGUAUUUCACAUUUGGUGGCAAUAGAUCUUGUGUGUUAGAAGAGAAUUAAGUACAGAAUUUGCUGCAAAACAAACAAAAAGUAAAAGGUUCCUUUCUCUUCUUCA